UUCUUCAACCAUACAUAUCCUCUUCAAAAAACAGUUACCCCAAAAAUAUUCACCAUAGUCACACACUGCAUCCUCCUCCUCCUUUUUCUUCUUCUUCUUCUUCUUCUUCUUCUUCUUCUUCUUCCUACAGCUGCAUUUAUAUAUGGAUGAAGUGGAGAUUGCUAGAUCGACGGCUGAGGUUCUGAACAGGCUGAGCCAGUGUGGGGAGGCGGCGGCGGCGAGGUGUGGCGUCGGGAGGGAUCCGGAGGCGGAUGAGCUGGGGAGGUUGAGGGGGAAGGCGUGGGAGCUGGCGGUGUGGCGAGCGAGAGCGGCGGGCCGGGAACUUGCGGGGGUGCUGGCGGAGGUGGAGCUGGAGAUAGGGCUUCAGCUGGCCAGACUACUGGCGGCCACCGUGGACCCGGUGGUGGCGGGGCUGAAGGAGGUAGCAGCAGCCAGCGGAGAAGAGGUGUGCGGGGUGUGCCAGGAAGAGAUGGGAAUGGAAAUGGAAGCGUUAAGAGGGAUGGGGUGCACUCACAAGUUCCACGCUGCUUGUAUUCUUCAAUGGCUCAAGCGAAACAACAGCUGCCCCAUCUGCAGGUACAGGAUGAAUAUACGUGCACGUUGAUUGAUUGAUUGAUUAUUAAAUGAAUCUCUGAAUUGAUUAGCCAUGCAGGAUUGAUUUGUUUAUUCAUCAUAGACACAUAUGUUCAUAUAGGUUUUCGAGAUUUUGGAACAUCGAUUAGUGUAUAUGAAUUAUGAAAGGGCAAUAUUCAUGUACCUAGCUAGUUAAUUAGGAAUUUAAUUGAAUAAUGCGACUGAAUAUUUUGAUUUGAAUCCAUGGAUUCUUUAAUCUUAUUUCAGUUAGCAAAAAUUAAUAA